AUGCGUUGUGACGUUUCCAUGCGGCCCGCCUGGACAAACAUGGCGUGCAUCGGCGAGUGCCACCCGCGCGAGCAACACCACCCCGGCUCCAUUGAGGAAGUUGUGGCGUUAAUGAGGCGACUGAAGCAGGCGGGUGAGCGAUGCCGCGUUGCUGGGGCCGGAAAGAGCCCCAAUGCGUGCACAUUUACCGAUGAGCAUCUCAUUCACAUGGACCGCCUUAAUCGCAUUCUCUCCGUUGACUGUGAGCGGCAACAAAUUGUGGCUGAGGGUGGGGUCUUGCUGCUUGAUUUGUUUGAGAAGCUGGGCGAAAAUGGCCUAAUGCUUCGAUGUGUUCCGUCAUAUGUACUCACGACGAUUGCUGGAGCCAUCGGCACGGCAACACAUGGCAGUGGCACCAACACACGGUCCCUCUCAGACUACGUCGUUGAAAUUGUGUUGGUGGACGGUAGCGGUGAACUCCGCAAGUUUGACGCGUCCACUCCCAAUGAGCUUUCACUUGCGGCGUGCCAUCUCGGCAUGCUGGGUGUUGUUGUCCAGGUGACGAUACAGGCGGAGAAGCUGCAAAUAUGGAGACUUCGCAGCUCACCAGUUCCACUCCUUAAGUUAAUUGAGGGUGACAUACUCGAGCGACGUGUCUCCGACUCCGUGUUUUACCGCUUCUUUUGGAUGCCAAAUACAGAGUUUUGCUACGAGUCCAUUGGCGUGUGUCUUGAAGGCGCUGCAGUGAAGGGUGGAGUGGGUUUUUUUUCUCAUACGAACACAUCGUCAUCGUCGACAUCGCGUAAAAUACCGCAAUCGCUGAACGUGGUGAGGCCCUCAAGCGAUGCCGCUUUGGAAUAUCAGACAUGGCUGGAGGAGCAGAAGCGUCCGUACACUCGACUCUGCAAAGCUCUUAAGGGAAAUUGGCUGCGACACGGCGUUGUUCAGGCGGCUCUUGCUGCCGCGACUUUCUACCCGCAGAUGCAGCCGUACAUCAACCGCGCCUACCGCAAGAUCUUUUACUCCGCAUCAGAAGUACAGUAUGGAACUCCAAUUGAGUGCUUUACAUUUGAUUGCCUUUUUAAGCAAUGGGCUUGCGAAUGGGCCGUUGAUGCUAGUAAAGCCAUUGAAGCGUUUGCUCUCCUUCGUGAAAUGAUCGCAUCCGAGAAUUUUAGCGUUCAUUUCCCCGUUGAGUUUCGUUUUACAGAUGCCGAUAAAACGGCUCUUUCACCCGCGCAUGGGCGAAAGACAUGCUGGAUUGGCAUCGUCAUGUAUCGACCAUAUCUUCUUUACGCGCGAGACACAUUGCGGUACUAUCAGGCUUUCAGCGACGCCAUGACAGCAAUGGGCGGUAGGCCGCACUGGGCGAAGUACUACACAUGGGGGCCAGCGCAGUUAAAAGAGGCGUAUGGGCAGAACUGGGAGGAGUUCUUGCAGCUCCGCAAGAAACUGGAUCCCGACGAUUUGUUUGCAAAUGACUGGUGGAAAAGUUUGGAUGGCCAGGGGCCGCUCCUUAACAGCACCAAUAGUCAUUUGUAA